AUGGAUUUUGCACAAAUCAAGAGAGAUGUUUAUGAGGCGAUCUCAGGUAAACCAAUUUCGAAGUAUAUAACUAAUGCACUGGAUGUUAUUGAGGAAUCAAUAAAGAAAUAUGGGUAUGUCCUCUCUUUCAAUGGGGGGAAAGAUUGUAUGGUAUUACUACAUUUGUUCGCUGCUGCCUUGUUUAAACAAUUCCAUGAUUCUAUCAAUACACUCAAUAUUCAAGCGGUGUAUAUUGCAUACCCAAACUCUUUUGCUGAAGUCGAUGAUUUUGUGAACGAGUGUGUUCGCAAUUAUAAAAUUGAUCUCGUUACGAUAGAAGGACCUAUUAAACAAGCAUUGGAAAAGUAUUCUAAACUACGACCGAAUGUCAAGGCAAUCUUUGUGGGUACUCGGAGAAAUGAUCCUCACGGAGGAACCGACAAUACGCAUCCUAAUCCUGAUCUUCGCAAUCCCACACAACCCUGUGGAUAUGAUCCGGCAUGGAAAUUGGUCGAUGAAA